AUGAACGACGCGGCAGAUCGGCACCCCCUCGCGGUGCGGACUUGCGAAGCGCCUUCUGCGCCGCGUCGGCGGCUGGCUGGUUUUCUCUCCGCAGCAGCAGCAGCAGCAGGCGCCGCUUCCUCCGCGGCCCGCGCCGGCGCGGGCGCAGCAGCAGCAGCAGCAAGUGGCGCUGGCGCUUCCGCGGCGCCGUGCGCGGCGAAGCGCCCGCGGCGGCGCGGUGUACGUACACCCGGGGCCCUGUUGCCGCUCUUUGGGGUUUGCGUUGCUGCUGCUCUAAACCACUUGUGGCGGCACGCAGCACUUGGAUCUUUUCUGCCGCCCGCGCCCUCUUUCUUCUCCGCCGCGCAGGGGCCCCCCGCGGCGGCCGCGGGGGCCCCCCUGGCCGCGCGGCCGGGGGCCCCCCCCGCCCCCCCGCUCCCCGCGCCGCCCCCCCCCCCCAGCAGCAGCAGCAGCAGCAGCAGCAGCAGCAGCAGCAGCGGGAGGCGGCUGGCGGCGUGCGAGGGCGGGGGCGGCGCGGCGAGCUCGAUCCCCAUCGCGCCGUCUCUGGCGUUUUUUUCCUUUUUGUUUUUUUUCGCCAUUUUGCUGCAGUGGUUGGUUUCCAAAAUUCCAGUUUACCCGCCGCCAGUUUCAAUUGUGUGGUUUGUGUUUGGCAUGGCGGCCUACGGCGUGGCCUCCGCGCCCGCGCUGCUGCCCCCGCAGCAGCAGCAGCAGCAGCAGCAGCAGCAGCAGCAGCAGCAGCAGCAGCAGGGGGCGCCGCUGGUGGGACACAACAUUCUGCAGACCGCGAUUCUGGAAAUGCGCUUCAUUGACUCUUCCGUCGUUUACUUCGUUUUGAUGCCAAUUCUCCUUUAUGAAGCGACUCAAAACAUUAAUUAUUACAAGUUCAAAAAGUUCAUUUUGGGGGGGCUGACGCUGGCGGUGCUGGGGGUGGCGCUGCAGGGAGUUGCGGAAACCCCCUUUUCGACCUUUUUGAUGUUCGUCAAGCUGCUCUUCCUCGGGCCCGCCUUCGGCGCCGCCGUCGGCCUCCUCGCCUACGCCUGGCUCCUCUUUUUCCGCAAAUUCCCCCUCACCCAGAGUCUGGCCUUCAUCACAUUUUGCUACAUUUCGUUUUUCCUCGCCGAGGCCGUUUUCCAGCUUUCCGGGCCCCUCACUGUUGUUUGUUUUGGCCUAUUUAUAAAGGCUUAUGGACAUAUUGCUUUAGACAGAGAUGCGCAGGCCAAACAUCAGACUUUUGUUGCAGCGCUGGCGCUGAUGGGGAACUGCACAAUAUUUAUAGUUUCAGGGAUUGUGACUUACGGAAUGUUGAGUUCUGUUUUUACAAAAGAAAAUGGAAUUUCUUUUUGGCUCAAUCUUCUUUUGAUUUAUUUUUAUUUAAACAUCGCGAGGGUUUUAAUGUUAAUUUUCUUCCUUCCAAUUCUCCGAAGAACUGGAUACGGACUCAGUUGGAAAGAGGUGAUCCUGCUGUUUUGGGGCGGGCUGCGGGGGGGCAUAGUGCUGGCGCUGGGGCUGCGGAUUGAGCGGGACUCGAGUUUGAACUCUUCGGUGAAGGAGGUUUUGUCUUUUUACAUUUCGGGAUCAGUGUUUUUGAUUUUGUUGAUAAACGGAAUAACUUUCGAACUUCUCUACAGACUCCUAAACCCUUACCCGCCCAAACCCUUUCGUAGGGUUUACCUCGAGGCCGUCAUGCGCAUGAUAGACCACCAGUACUUGGAGGACAGGAAGGCCCUCGAAAACCACUGGCUCUUCAAAGGAACUGAUGUUUUGACCCACGCGGACCGAAUUGUCCCAAAACUCGGCUGGCGGCGAGUGGACCGUUUGGGAAAUUUGGAAAUCAAAUCUCCGGACAUUUCACAGGCUUUUCUGUCUUUGCACGAAGCAGCAAUUUACUCUUGGGUGGUUCCCAGCGAGGAGACAGGAGAAGAAGAAGAAGGGGACGACGAGUCUCCUGCUGCUGCUGCCACUGCUGCUGCUGCUGCUGCUGCUGCUGCUGCUGCUGCUGCUGCUGCUGCUGGGGGCAGCAGCCACACUGUGGGGCUAAACAACAGCAGCAGCAAGGAAAUUAAUUUAAAUCCCAAUUACCAGCAGCUGAUGUCUCGCACUGACACUUUGCCUGGCUUUCGCCGCAGCGGCUCCCAAGCAGCAGCAACUGCUGCUGCUGCUGCUGCUGCUGCAGCAGCAGGUUCUCCAGUGGGCGCAGCAGCAACUGCAGCAGACACCCCAGCAGCAAAGGGCCGCGUGCUUUCCCCGCAGCGGCUGCAGUUCCAAGGCCUAAGCCCUGCUGCUGCUGCUGCUGCUGUCUCUCCUGCUGCUGCUGCUGCUGCUGCAUCUCCUGCUGCUGCUGCUGCUGGCAGUAAUUCUUACUUCUCCAAUAGAGGCCUUAGCGGCAAAUUCGAAGAGACUGAAGGGUUCGGAGACCAGACAGCUGUGUCUUCCUCCUCUGCUGCUGCUGCAGCAGCAGCAGCUGCUGCUGCUGCUGCGGCUGCUGGGGGCCUCGAGGCGCUGCCGUCCCGAGAAGAAGGACUUCUGAGGAAGAGAACGGAAGCAGAACAGGCAAGUCUUACUAUUCAACGGCAAGCCCACCUGCUGGCAGCAAGGGGCCAGGGCCUGAAGGCUUCUGGAUUUGACCCGAAGUUUAAUUUGAGAUUAAUUGAACAUGCAACAACAGAUGCUGGAGAGAGAGAGGAGCAGGGGCUUCGCCGCAGCAGCAGCAGCAGCAGCAGCAGCGGCAGCAGCAGCAGCAGCAGCAGCAGCAUCGACCUCCUUGAGGUCACCCUCCAGGGCACCGACCCCAACACCAGGGCCCCCCUCUAUACUCUUACCUGCAAGGGGGCCUCAGCAGAAGCAGCAGCAGCAGCAGCAGCAGCAGCAGACAAGAAAAAAGACAACAAAAUUGUUAGUGCCUUCAACACUAUUAAGCGGGUUAUGGGCGGCGUGGCCCACAGCAGCAGCAGCAAGUCUGCAGCAGCAGCAGCAAACCAGCUCGAGCUCAAGCGCAGCAGAACCGUCGGCCACGCUGCUGCUGCUGCUGCUGCUGCAGCAGAGAAAAAGAAAGCAGCAGCAGCAACAGCUAGAUUCUCCAAAAGUAAAACAGGCAUCGGCUUCUACACGCACCCCAACUCAGCAGCAGCAGCAGCAGCUGCUGCUGCUGCAGCAGCGGAGGCCUCAGCCGCCGGCGCUGCUGCUCCUGCUGCUGCUGCGGCGCAACCCGCGACUGCAGCAGCAGCAGCAGCGGCAGCAGCAGCAGCAGCAGCAGCAGCAGCAGCAGAAACCCCUGCUGCAGUGAACAUCAGUUUAAAUGGAGGACCUCUAGACCCCGAAACCCUAAACCCUAAAUUCAAAAGAGAAGAAGAAGCAAGGAGCUGUUUCGGCUGUUGUCUGGGAAGCCCCUGGGGGCCCCCCGGGGGGCCCCCCGAGGGGACGCGUCCGUAG